AAUGUGCGCUUGCGUAGUACGUCGCCGGGAUCCGGAAAUGGGCUAUCUGGCUGGUGCGGCUGCGCCCGGCUGCGCGGACUAAGGAGAGCAGAGACAACUGCAGAAAAUCUCCUGUCUAUACAUGGUAUGAACAAGGUCUAAAUGGAUGAAUCAGACUAUGCUUUGGGCUGGAAUCAAGUCAGAGGCAUUCCCUUCAUCAGAAAUGGCAACGCAGAGAGAGCUCCACUGCAGACUUUUUUUUACAGACCUUACGGGGGACCCUAUGCAGCAGCACAUGAGAUGAGCAAAGCUACUCAGCCUAUAGGAGGACCCCCUACUGCCCCUUCCCCUGGACUCUCACAGCAAUUCCCCACACCUACGGCCCCUGUGGUGUUUGGGCCGCCACAGACCCCACAAAUGAAUACACAAUCACAACCCCGACAGGCAGGAUUCAGAUCAAUUCAGCAUUAUUACCAGAGCAGGACCCAACCUCCUAGCAACGCUACCAGAGUCCAGAGUGCUUCUUCGGCUCGUGCAGUGCCUCCUGCCCAUGUGUAUCCUGCUGGUUCUCAAGUGAUGAUGAUUCCCUCACAGUUAUCCUAUCCUUCCCAGGGCUACUAUAUACAAGGUGGACAAGGUCGCUCUUACGUUAUGCCCACACAGCAGUACCCUGUGCAACCUGGCACUGCUGGCUUUUUUCCUAGUGCUAGUCCCUCAGAGUUUGGCACAUAUGCAGGAGCAUAUUAUCCUGCCCAGCAGCAGUUUCCUCCAGGGGUGCCCGGAGCCCAAGUUAUGAUAAACCAGGCAAUUCCUCCAAAGCGAGAACGAAAGACUAUAAGGAUCAGAGAUCCAAACCAGGGUGGUAAAGAUAUCACAGAGGAAAUCUUGUCUGGAGGAAGAUCUACAACAACGCCAACACCUCCUCAGUCCGUAACUGGAGGCUCUGAAGUGCAGGCGAAUGGAGAGAGUGUCCAUGUGCCUAUUGUAGUGCGUCCAGAUGACAGCUCAAAGAACACCCAAGUGCUGACAAAGACUUCUGAGAGCCCCUCUCCCUCUCCUCCUAUAGAAACGGAAUUGAACAUGGCUUGUGAACAAGACUUGACUCUUGAUAACACUACACCUGAGGUACCUUUGUUAGAGCCUCUCAUUACACAGGAAGUGCCCUUGAUGGAAAAUCCUUCAUCUCAGGUAGAAAUACAGCCAGAGGUUCUUGCAUCUGUUUUAGAGAACCCAGUCCUAAUGGAAAUUACCAUUACAGCGACGGCUGUCAAGCAAGCAGACCCUCUACCAGAAGCUUCUGUUAUACAGCCCCCUGAGGAGUCUGAUCUAUCUUCGUUAUCGGAUGUGUCUAUUUCACAGGAUGCUGCUUUACAACAGGAUUCCUCUUUAGUAGCCCCAGAAGCAGAGUUUCAGGUGCAGGCUCCACUAACCCAAAGUUCACCUGAGCCUUGCCUUGAUGAAAUCGAUGAACCUGCUCCAGAGCCUGUAGAGGAAUUAGAUUUCAUUGAGGGCACUUUGUCUACAACUGAAGUUCAAACAAAUGGCCUAUCUGAAGAACUGUCUGUGCCACCUGCACAGUUGGAGCCACCACCGGUUUGCCAUGCUGAGCCCACAAUGGAUUCCCCCAUUGCUCAGCCAGAAGAACUGCUAACAAAUGGUGAAGGGAGCCCUGGCCUUCAAGAACUUGAUGCACAUGAACCUGAGCAGGAAACUCAUGUGAGCCCCAUCGCUGAGCCUGAGGAGCAGACUGUAGCUGUUGCUGAUCCUACACCACAAGAGGAAGAGUCUGAGAAGGAGCCUCCUGCGGAGCCAGAGCAAACUCCUGUUCCAGCUCCAAAACAAAGCCCAGAAGUCCCUGUGCAAGUUGCCAUAUCGGUACCAAAAAAGAAAAGAAAAAUAAAAGAUUUAAAUAAGAAAGAUGCCGUUGGAGAUCUGUUGGACGCAUUUAAAGAGGCUGGAGAUGGCCCCAGUGAAGCACCAGAAUCUGCUGCUAUCCCACCUCCUGCAACACCAGAACCUGAGCGGACCCCUAAUGUCCCAGCAGAACCUGAGCAGGACGAGACCUGGGAGGAAAAAGAAGAUAAGUUGGAUGCUGAAAAUAUUAAACCAGGGGAUCAUAAAUAUAAAUACAAACCGGAACAAUGGAAGCCGUUAAGCCCUGAAGAUAAGAAAAGCUAUGACCGGGAGUUUUUGCUUGGCUUUCAGUUUAUCGUGGCCAGUAUGCAAAAACCAGAAGGUCUCCCUCAGAUUACAGAUGUAGUGCUGGACAAGGCCAACCAUGCUCCUCUAAGGCCUCUAGAUCCAGCAAGACUGACCGGCAUGAACUGUGGUCCAGACUUCACCCCACAUUUUGCCAAUCUUGGAAAGCCUACUAUGGGCAAUCGUGGACCACCAGCCGGAAUGGGUCCUAGACGAUCUCAACAGGGACCACGAAAGGAGCCUCGUAAAAUUAUUGCAGCUGUGUCAUUAAAUGAGAAUGUUCAGCUGAAUAAAGCGGAGAAAGCAUGGAAACCACUGAAUAAAAGAGCAGGUGAAGAAGAUGAUUCUGAAUCUCUAAAGACACAGGAAUUGUUCCGCAGAGUGCGCAGUAUUCUAAACAAGCUGACACCACAGAUGUUUCAGCAACUCAUGAAACAAGUAACCGAUUUAGCCAUAGAUACAGAGGACCGACUAAAGGGUGUAAUCGACUUAAUAUUUGAGAAAGCCAUCUCUGAGCCAAACUUCUCUGUUGCUUAUGCCAAUAUGUGCCGCUGCCUUAUGGGGCUGAAAGUCCCAACUACAGACAAGCCAGGAGUGACUGUGAACUUCCGCAAGCUGCUACUUAACCGCUGCCAGAAGGAGUUUGAAAAAGACAAGGAUGACGAUGAAGUGUUUGAAAAGAAGCAGAAGGAAUUAGAUGCUGCUACCUUGCCGGAAGAGAAGACACGUCUAAAUGAUGAACUGGUGGCAGCAAAGGAUAUUGCUAGGCGCAGAUCUCUAGGCAACAUUAAAUUCAUUGGAGAGCUCUUCAAAUUGAAAAUGCUGACUGAAGCUAUCAUGCACGAUUGUGUAGUCAAGCUGUUAAAGAACCACGAUGAGGAGUCUAUAGAGUGUCUUUGCCGAUUGCUGUCCACAAUUGGGAAAGACUUGGACUUUGACAAAGCUAAGCCUCGGAUGGAUCAGUAUUUUAACCAAAUGGAUAAAAUCAUCAAAGAAAGAAAAACCUCAUCUCGUAUACGUUUCAUGCUUCUGGAUGUCAUUGAUCUAAGAAUGUGCAAUUGGGUGCCCCGUCGUGCAGACCAGGGACCCAAGACUAUAGAUCAGAUUCAUAAAGAUGCAGAAUUGGAAAAACAAAGGGAACAUGUCAAAGUUCAGCAACUAAUGUCGAACAAACAACAAGACAAGAGGCGAGACCCACCAGGAGGAGGAGGCGGAGGACGACCCACGGGUGGACGAAGUAAUGCGCAAACAGAUGAUGGUUGGAACACUGUGCCCAUAACAAAGGGAAGCCGUCCCAUUGACACUAGUAGGAUCUCUAAAAUAACAAAGCUUGGUGCUAUAGACUCUAAUCAACUGUUGGCACCAGGUGGACGUUUAAGUUGGGGUAAAGGAAGUAGUGGAGGCUCUGGAUCAAAGCCUGCCGAGUCAACUCCAGAAUCUGGACGACCAAGCACACUUAAUAGGUUUUCUGCUCUUCAGCAGUCUUCAUCUGCAGAGAGUCAGGAUGCCAGGCGGCCUGUUUCCAGAGGUAGUUCAAGUCGUGAACGCUCUGAGAAAGAUAGAGGAGAACGAUUUGAUAGACGGGACAGGUUCGACAAAGCCGAUAUCUUUGAGAGGUCUGACCGCUCAGAGCGGUCCCGGGCUGUACUCACAAAGAGAAGUUUUAGCAAGGAGACAGAUGAUCGCAGUAGAGAGAGAGUGGCACAAAUUCCACAAGAAGCCGUGCGAAAAGUAGCUAGUAUGACUGAACCUCGAGAUCGCAGCAGAGAAAUCAAGCGAGAAACUCCAGCACCAGUGGCUGUCCCUGCUGCCCCCUCCAAACCUGCCUUGUCUGAGGAAGAACUUGAAAAAAAAUCUAGAGCAAUCAUAGAAGAGUUUUUACAUCUGAACGAUUCCAAGGAGGCAGUCCAGUGUGUGCAGGAACUAAAUAGCCCCACACUGCUUUUCAUUUUUGUACGGAAUGCUAUAGAGUCAACGUUGGAGAGGAGCACCAUUUCCCGUGAACACAUGGGUCAAUUUAUGUCUACACUGGUGAAGUCUGGCACGCUACCAAGAGAACAGUAUUACAAAGGAGUGUUGGAAGUACUGGAGGUGGGAGAAGAUAUGGAGAUCGACAUCCCUCACAUAUGGCUUUACUUGGCUGAACUAAUCAGUCCAGUCUUAAUCGAAGAAGCAAUCCCUAUGGGGGAGUUGUUCAGAGAUUUGACAAAGCCUUUAAUAUCAAAUGGAAAGGCUGGCAUCCUCCUAGCAGAAAUCCUAGGUUUGCAGUGCAAAGGAAUGUCUCAUAAGAAAGCAGGGGCUCUCUGGCAAGAAUCUGGGCUCAGCUGGAAGGAGUUCCUGUCAAAAGAUCAGGAUGUGAACAAGUUUAUAAGUGAACAUAAACUGGAGUACACCCUGGGCGAUGAGACCGAAACACCUAGCAAGGAAGACCUUUCCCCAGCAGAGCUUGAGAAAGUCCUUACAAGACUAUUGAAGGAGAAUAGCAGUAGCAACCAGAAGAUAUUUGAUUGGAUUGAAGCCAACCUUACUGAUCAACAGUUGGGAUCAAACGCGUUUGUCCGGGCACUAAUGGGUACUGUGUGCCACUCUGCCAUUAUCUUUGAAAAUCCUUAUAGAGUUGAUGUUGGUGUGAUUCGUAACAGAGCGAAGUUGCUUGAUAAAUAUCUAAAUAGCGAAGCAAAGGAGCUGCAGGCAUUAUAUUCUGUACAAGCACUAGUUGUUAAACUAGAUCAACCUCCAAAUCUGCUGAGAAUGUUUUUUGAUACCCUGUAUGAUGAAGAUGUGGUAAAAGAGGAACCUUUCUACAAGUGGGAAUCCAGCAAAGACCCAGCAGAGCAGCAGGGAAAAGGAGUCGCUCUAAAAUCUGUCACAGCCUUCUUUACAUGGCUGCGGGAAGCAGAAGAUGAAUCCGAUAACGAUCACAAGGACUGAAACAAAUUUGCCCAUAUGCUUGCUCUUGGUUUUCACUGGGGCUUCCAUUUUUUUCCCCUCAUUCCCCUGCUGACUUUUUAACAGAAAUACAUAAAUCCCAAUGAUUUUGCAUUUGCGAGAGUUUUGACUCCUUGAGUAAUGAAGACUGGCAGAGGGUAGGAGGUAGCCUGACGCAUGGCAUUGAAAGGCAGAAAGCCUGCCAUGUGUGGGCUGUUAAAAGAGAAUGUUGGCACAUGGGGUGUACACAAGCUUAUUUUUGUUUGUUUUUUUUUUUGUUUGUUGUUUUUUUUUUUUUUUUUUUUUCCUUUUUGAGGGUUUUUUUUUUUUUUUUCCAUGCAACAAUUUUUGGGUUUUCACUAUAAUUAAAAUAAAAAAAAGUACAUGAGGUAUUUUGGGACUGCUGAAGGAUGAGUGGAUAGCUGUGCCCUACCUUUAUCUCCUCAACCUUCCCCCUGCCCUCCAUCACACAGGUUGGGGCACAUGCACAAUUUUCACUUGUGGAAAUAUGAUUUUUAAAAGGGCGUGUGAAGCUUACAUGCUUCAGUGGGACGGAGCACCUGCGCUUCUCUACUGCUCUUUAUGGCUGAAAUAUAGAUAUAUAAAUAUAUAUAUAAAUAUAUAUAAUUAUUACAAAUUCUUUUGAUUUGAAGUGGCAACAAGCUGUUCUCAGAUCAUGCUCCUUUGUCCAUCUUAUGAUGGAGUUCAGGACACCGGCGAAUGUUUGUUUUUUCUUUUGUUUUUGUUUGUUUUUUUGUUUUUUUUAUCCGAUGAACUUCUAAUUGAUCUGUAAUGAUCGAAAUGGAUGGAUGCUCGAUUACCAACAACUGAAUUUUUUUCUUUCUUUUUUUUCUUUUUCUUUUUUUUUUAACUUUCCUCUUCCUUGGAGUUAGAAAUUAUUUUAUUUCAAUUGCAAUCACCAUGUGUUGGAAAGAGGCAUCUCUCAACCCUAGCAAAUUCUGUAUUUAUAGAGAAAGCAAAGCCUUUUGGUUAUUUGUCCUUCCAAAAUGUUUUGGAGGUUCUUGUAAUUAUUAAACCAAGAAAGAAUGAAAUUUGUAAAUACUUUUUGCUUUCUUUAUUAAGUAUUUAAAUGAUUCUGACUUACAAAUCCCACCAAAACCUCUUUUCACAGAAACUGGAAUAAAUAAGAACCUUA